AUGCCCUCGCAAGACACGCUUUUGUGGCGGGGCAAGGCUGCCACUCUACGACCGCGGCUUUAUAUUGCAACGAGGUAUGUCGACGGUCUGUCGGCUAUGGCAGCACCUGUCCGCGAUAAGGGCAAGCUUAGCUCGCGACUGGGCCCGCAUCCGCUGAUGAGCAUGUUGGUGACUGAUCACAGGCCCGCGGACGUUAGUAGCUUUUAUUCUGGCUUCGGGAAGCUGAUUACGUAUCGGCAUUUAUUUGGCGGCUUCUUGACGGGGGGUGCUGUCAUUAUGUAUGCGUCUGUCAGGUCCGGGGAUCCUAACGGAGGGUGCGUCUUUACAGUAACCAUGGAUAAGGAGCUGGUGGAUGAAAUGAGGGCAAUGCGUGAAAUUCCGGCUUUUUCGAAUACCGAGGCAUCAUUUAGAUUGGCCCAAUGUUCUAUUCAGGUUUUUCGUUUGUGA